AUGAAAUAUGGCAAGAACCAGUGGGCACGGAUAGCUUCUUUGCUACACCGCAAAGCCGCUAAGCAGUGUAAAGCUAGGUGGUACGAAUGGCUUGAUCCUAGUGUCAAGAAAACAGAGUGGAGCCGUGAAGAAGAUGAAAAGUUACUACACCUUGCAAAGCUUAUGCCAACUCAAUGGCGAACAAUUGCUCCGAUAGUUGGAAGGACUGCAAACCAAUGUUUGGAACGCUAUGAAUAUCUUUUGGACAAAGCACAAAACAGAGAAGGGUUAUCUGCAGAGGAGGAUCCUAAACGCCUCCGUCCAGGCGAAAUUGAUCCAAAUCCGGAGACUAAACCUGCCCGUCCAGAUCCUGUUGAUAUGGAUGAAGAUGAAUUAGAAAUGCUUUCAGAAGCCAGAGCACGGUUAGCCAAUACACAGGGUAAAAAAGCAAAGCGUAAAGCUAGAGAGCGUCAGCUCGAGAUUGCGCGAAGAAUGGCUAUGAUGCAAAAACGUCGGGAACUUCGAGCAGCUGGUCUAGGAACAUUCUUAGGGUUAGCACCGAAAACGAAGCCAUGCAUGGAUUAUAAUUCCGAAAUUCCAUUUGAGAAGCAACCUCCUAAAGGGUUUUAUGAUACUAGUAGGGAAAAACCAGAAAUCAAACCUAUGGACUUUCAACGUUUAAGACUUUCAGAUAUCGAAAAAGAAAGUUUCAUGGAAAGGGAGAAGCGUGAGCGUAAAAAGGAUGCUGAACGUCAGGCUAAACGUAUGCAAUCUGAUUUACCUGGAGUUAUUUUGCAACGUGGGAAUUCUUUGGAUGAGCCACUGUUGAAACGAUCUAAACUUGUACUUCCUGCUCCUCAAGUAUCUGACCUGGAAUUGGAAAAUUUAAUCAAAGUCGGUCAAGCCGGUGAAAAUGCUGUAAGAAUGGCUAUUGAAGAUGCUGAUGGUGAAUUGGGCUCUGCAACACAUCCUCUUUUACCGGAAUAUCCUACCGGUAGUUUUGCAACACCUGCGUUAAAUCUUCAACGCACUCCAAUGGCUGUGAUAGAUUCUGUGACUAGAGAAGCACAAAAUAUUUUAGCUUUGCAACAAGUUCAAACUCCUCUUAAAGGUGGUGAAAAUACUCCAUUAGUUGGUGAAUCUGAUUUUUCUGGUACAACGCCUCGUUUACCAAAUACUCUAGCAACUCCGAAUGUUUUACUUCCUAGUCAAAUAAUUGGUGCUACUCCAUUUCGUACACCGAACAGCAACAUUGAAAAUGGCACUCCAAAUCUUCUCAUGGGUGGUGAUGCUAAUAAUACACCUGGUCCAUUAAGAAAAGGUGAACAACAUUAUGGUCCCCCGGUGUCAAAUACACCACUAAGAAAUCGUUUGAAUAUAAAUCCAAUCGAUGGAAAUAAUUUAGAUGGUCUUAAUAAUAUUAGUAACAAUAAUCAUUCCGAAGGUAUGGUAGACUAUUAUGACCAAAAUGGUGUAAAAACAAAUCUACGCAAAAGUUUGGCUAAUCUACCAACACCGAAGAAUAAUUUCGAAAUAUUUCUCCCUGAUGAAACUAAACCUAACGGUGAUGAUGCUGAUGAUAAUGACGUUGAAGGUGUUAACGUAGAUAUGGAUCAAUUGGAAGAGGAGAGGGGAACUGCUUCAAGAAUUCCAGAUCAGUCAGAUUUAGAUAGACAAUCUGAAAGAGAACGUGCUAAAGCCGCUGAAUUGGAAUGGUCUAAACGAAGUCAAGUUGUUAGACGAUCUUUACCUAGACCAUCAGCUGUGAACCAUACGAUUUUGCGUAAUAUUCCAGGUUCAGUUAACCAACUAUCUCAACAAGAUGCGAAUAUGACAGAUUUACAAAAGGCUGAAGAGUUGAUUAAACAAGAAAUGGUAACAAUGAUGCAUUAUGAUAAUUUAAACAACCCACCACCAAAUCAAUUGUUGGAUGCAGCUAAGCAAACUACUGGUCCAAGUGGUGGCAGUGGUGUUGCUCCAGCUAGUCAACAGCGACGUUAUUUACAACAGAUAAAAGCUACACAUGAAAGUUUUUUGAAAGAUUGUCCAUAUGAACAGUUUGUUCCGGAUGAUUUGAAAGUGGCGGAGAAUUUAUUGGAAGAGGAGAUGCAUGUCGUUCGAAAUGGUAUGGGACAUGGUGAAUUAUCAGCUGAAGCAUAUGCUAAAGUUUGGCAUGAGUGUUUAAGCCAAGUUUUAUAUUUGCCAGCACAUAGGCGUUAUACACGAGCUAACUUAGUAACAAAACGUGAUCGGAUUGAAUCACACGAGAAACGAUUGGAUCAACUUCGUCAUCUUAUGGCUGAAGAAGCUAAACGAGCAGCAAAACUGGAGAAGAAACUCAGGAUAUUGUUAGGUGGAUAUCAGUCACGUGCACAAACCUUAAUGAAAGCCAUUGAAGAAAGUGUCGAUCAAAUUGAACAAAGUCAAAUGGAAUUAACCACAUAUGAACGACUUCACGAGCAAGAGUUAUGCGCUAUCGCUAGACGUUCUGAUGUUUUAGAAGCUGAUGUUGAACGUCAACAAAAACGAAAUGCUGAUCUUCAACGAGAGUAUGGUAGAUUAAUUCGUAUUCGUGAAGAACGUGAAGCAGACGCUUUCUUAGCUAGUAAUAUGGAUUUGAUUAGUAAUGGUGGUGGUGGUGGUGGUAAAGAUGAUGGUGGCACAUCAAUAUCGGUCACCGCUAGUGGUGAUGUUACAUCUGUUUCAACGGAUAUACAUAAUCAAUCUAAUACUGAAUCAUCACAAGGACAAAAACAAACAAUGGUAUAUGGAAAUAAGAAUAUAGUAUCAGGCAAGUGGAUUGCUGUGACACAGAUUGAAAAUAUAGAAGAUCCUGAUCAACCGAUGUUAUCCAAUGGAGAGAUUCCUACACAGUCUCUUCAUGAUUCCAAUCAUUUCGAACAUGAUAAUAAUGAUAAUCAUCUUCACUAUACUACUGAUGAAAAUGUUAUUGUGUCUCCUUCAAAUAACAAUGAGAAAACAUCGCCUAAUGAUACAGAAUCAUUGAAUAAUAUCAUGAUAGAAUCAACAGUAAAGCAACAAACUAUUAGUUCACAUUAA